UUUUACUACUCAACUGUUUCAGGACACAUAGGAAGACACACCUAAACGGAGAGAAGUGCCUGAAAGAAACAAACCCAUGCGUCUUCUGCGGCUUCUCCUACCGCCCAGCUGAGCUCCUUCGACAGAAAAGUGGGCUUUAAAGUACAAAAAAAAGAAAAAUUAAGGUCUGGACCAGUCUGAGUUGCCAACAAGAUUGUUGCCUCGUGUGCGGACCAUCAUGGCAGAGCCGGACUACAUGGAUGGAGACUGUGAUGAGCUCAUUAAGCCCAAGAAACUCAUAAACCCAGUGAAGACCUCCAGGAACCACCAAGAUCUCCACCGAGAACUCCUUAUGAAUCAGAAGAGGGGUCUGGCUCCACAGAACAAGCCUGAGCUACAGAAGGUGAUGGAGAAGAGGAAGAGAGAUCAAGUGCUAAAGGCUCAACUAGCAGAGCAAGAAGCUCAUAAGAAGCACAGUGACCUGGAGAUCGAACUCAUGAAGAGACAGCAGAAACUUGAACAGUUGGAGCUGGAGCAACAGAAGAUGGACGAGGAGCAGGAGAACACGCCUGAAUUUGUCAAAAUGAAAAGCAAUCUAAGAAGAACCAAGCAGGAGGUGGAGGAGCAGGAGCGAACCACUUAGACACAUUCGGAUAGAUUUGGGAAAGGUCCAUGGCACAUGAUGACAUGGCAACUGGACUGCAGUUUAUGGGGGUUUCCUGGUGUUCCUGCUCCCUGUGUUCCUGUGAAAUAAGUGACCAUGUUUGGCUCCUAUUGCCUGCUUGCAGACACAACCAGUAUUCACUUAACCUCUUUAUGCUGAAAACCUGCAACAAACAAAGAGGUUGAAAGAAAAACACAUACACUCUCAGACAUGACGAAGCAGCCUCGUCUUCACUGGCUGCGGUGUUUGGUGAACUUGCAUGGCAAGAUGAACAGAACGUACACAGAGUCUUUCCAUUUGUUUCUCUUUCUUUGCCUCUUUUUUUUUUUUUUUUGAAAAACAAAAACCACUCAAAGAAUUUUUUAAUUAUUUUUUAUCUCCACGUUUGAAAUGGGACACUGGAUGGACUCUUGUAAGCCAAAAUAAUGAGAUUUGUUUCUGUUUGGUUUUGCCUUGGGAUGGAGAGAGUGUCUUCUGAGGACUUUUUGGUUGAUGAUCAAAACGAAAAUAAAAAAAAUCACAUAAUUUCAAUUUUGAAUCCUUGUCAGUGCAACUUUUGAAGAUAUGUUGUGUGAUGUGCAGCGCUUGCUUUUUUGCCGUUUUAUUAUUUCCCAUAUUUGUGCACUCAUCUCUUUAAGCAAUAGUAGAUCUAGGUUGAUGUGUUUCAGGUUUUUUUACAUAAAAUAUUUGUUCAGUAUGUAAUAGAGUGCUGUGUUAAAGCGCUCUAUAUAUUUUCCACAACUGAAUAGCAGUUAUUGAGUGCAAGAAGCUCUAGAAAACAAUGCAUUUGUUUGUUAGUUCAGUAUUGAGGACUCUUAGAUUUAUGUAGAUUUGAGCCAAUAAUGAACCGGUAAUGCUGUCUUUAAAUUGUAAACCCUCUUUUAAUAAAUAUUAUUUUGUCAUGUUA